AUGAGCUCCAUUACCCUCACCAGUUCCGAUGGCAUUGAAAUGAGUGUCGAUCGCACCACUGCGGAGCGAUCCGUCCUCAUCAAGAACAUGCUUGACGACCUUGGUGAUUCUGGCGACGCUGUGCCCCUCCCCAACGUUAACGAGGCCGUCCUGAAGAAGGUGAUCGAGUGGUGUGAGCACCACAAGAACGACCCCCCCUCCGCCAGCGAUGACGAUGACAACCGCCGCAAGACCACCGACAUUGACGAGUGGGACCAGAAGUUCAUGCAGGUCGACCAGGAGAUGCUCUUCGAGAUCAUUCUUGCUGCCAACUACCUCGAUAUCAAGGCUCUUCUCGAUGUUGGUUGCAAAACCGUGGCCAACAUGAUCAAGGGCAAGUCCCCCGAGGAGAUCCGCAAGACCUUCAACAUUCAGAACGACUUCACCCCCGAGGAAGAGGAUCAGAUCCGCCGGGAGAACGAGUGGGCCGAGGACCGCUAA